UUUUUUUUUUUUUUUGCAAAAAGCCUCGGAGGUGGGCCCCUGGAUUGGCACCUCUUCGUAAGCCCCCUUUGCCCUCCCCGCGGCACGCUCCCCCCCACUCCGCUUUUCUGCAUGCCUCUUCGUCCCCUUUCCUCAUCUGGAUUGUCAGGAGCGAUAGAAUUCGCUGCAUCCCUUUCUCCCCAUUUGCUUGCAACGUCGCGCCCUGAUUCCAGCUCGCAGGACCCUCCUCCCGCCUUCUUUGCACGCCCACCUUCCCCGUAUGGGAGGUUAGAGGAGAAAACCACCUCCUCGGCCCAGCCUCUGGACCGCUGACUCCAGGGCUCAGGAACUGCCACAGCCAGAGAGGUAUCGUUGCUGCAGGUUGCAGAGAGCACCGUUCCAGUGGCAUCGUUUUGCCCGCCUUCUUAAGCAACCGGGCCUUCUUUUACAUUGAGCCUGCCCCCCCAGUCCCCCAAGCAGUGUCUGCUCCCCCAUCUCCCUAUGUUGAAGGUUCCCUGUUUCCAGAGGUUUCCUCCAUUUGCUUGACUAACUGGACUCUGACCAAAGGAGAGAGGAUUCUGAGCACCACUUCCUUGGCCAGGUGUUCUCGGUGGCGAAUUACCUGGCUCAACACGGGCUCUUCCUGGGGUGCUGCAAAUCUCUGGGGUGCUGCCCCCUGUCCCUAACGCUGUGAUGAGCUUCUUUGGGUUUGGACAGAGCGCGGAGUUGGAACUGGUGCUGAGCGAUGCAGAGAGCAGGCGCCGGGCAGAGCAUAAGACCGAGGAGGGCAAGAAGGAGAAAUAUUUCCUCUUUUAUGAUGGUGAGACAGUUUCGGGGCGUGUCAUCCUCACCCUCAAGCACCCGAACAAGCGGCUGGAACACCAGGGCAUCAAGGUGGAGUUCAUUGGACAGAUUGAGCUAUAUUAUGACCGAGGGAAUCAUCAUGAAUUUGUCUCCCUGGUGAAGGACUUGGCUCGCCCAGGGGAGUUCACCCAGUCGCAGACGUUUGACUUCGAAUUCACACAUGUGGAGAAACCAUAUGAGUCCUAUACUGGGCAGAAUGUGAAACUAAGGUACUUCCUCCGGGCCACCAUCAGCCGCCGACUGAACGACGUGGUGAAGGAGAUGGACAUUGUCGUGCACACGCUGAGCACCUACCCAGAGCUCAACUCCUCCAUCAAGAUGGAGGUGGGGAUUGAAGAUUGCCUGCAUAUUGAGUUUGAGUACAACAAGUCCAAGUAUCAUUUAAAAGAUGUGAUUGUUGGGAAGAUCUACUUCCUGCUCGUGAGGAUCAAGAUCAAACACAUGGAGAUAGACAUCAUCAAGAGGGAGACCACGGGGACCGGGCCAAACGUGUAUCAUGAGAACGACACAAUAGCGAAAUACGAGAUCAUGGACGGGGCGCCAGUGAGAGGAGAGUCCAUCCCCAUUAGGCUGUUCCUGGCUGGCUACGAGCUGACGCCGACCAUGAGAGACAUCAAUAAGAAAUUCUCCGUGCGUUAUUACCUCAACCUGGUGCUGAUCGACGAAGAAGAGCGGCGCUAUUUUAAACAACAGGAGGUAGUGUUAUGGCGCAAAGGAGACAUCGUGCGGAAAAGCAUGUCCCAUCAGGCGGCUAUUGCCUCGCAGCGGUUUGAAGGUACGUCCUCCCAGACGGACAGCAGGACACCCAGCCUGCCGGCAGAGAACAACGGACGGCAGUGAGAUGCCCACAGAUCCGACAUUCUGCAGAACCUUCAAGGCUUCAGCCUGGAGACGUUGCGAGAAAAGGAGAAUACCGAACGAAUCUUUCAACAGAGACUCGAGAACACAAAUUAUCUGUUGGGUUUUGUGUGUUUCCUUUUUGUUUUUCUUCAUUCCUUCCCACUCUGAGGACUAGCAACUUGCAGGAUAGUGAGGGGGGUGGUCAGCACAGGUGACGCUAACAAUGCCGUCUUCCCUCUGUGUUCAGUAUUGCUCCGGCAUGCUGGGGUCCAGUGCUUUUUUAAGUGUCAGAGGGAUGUGCAAGGUCGGGGGUCCCUAACCUUUUUGAGCCCGCGGGCGCAUUUGGACUUCUGAUAUAGGAUAGUGGGUGCAGCCACAAAAUGGCUGCCGCAGGAGGCGGAGCCAGCCUCAAAAUAGCUGCCACAGCUUAACUUCAUUAACACAGUGUAGAUCCUUUUGGCAUGGUGGCAGCUGCUGCCAAAGCAACAUUGAAAAAAGAAUCCGCACAGCUGAUCAGAUUUCCAGUAAAUCAGAAACUUUGCUAGGCCAAAGGCCUACCUGGCUCCACUCCCUAAAAACACUUGGCGGGCAUCAGAAAAGGGCACCAUAAAACUGUGUUCUUUUUGUAUUUCAGGUGUUAAAGCCUCUUGGUAUGGAUGGAUGUUUUGAGAUAACCUCUGUCUCUCACAGCACUAUUCACACAUGCAUCUAAGUAGUGCCUGAGAGCGUCAAAGGCACAUUGUUUCCCCCAAAUUCUGAUAAAGGACCUCAGGACACUUGGGGUUUAAAAUUAGAGGCCUCCAUCAUCUUUGCAUUCCUCAAAGGCUUGUGUUUAAAAAUAUCUAAGAGUAAGAACGGAAUAGUGACUGAGACAGAGGUGUAAUGAGCAGUCUCUCCUCCAGGGACAUGACAUUUUGACAAGCCCCUAAAUUGGGAAUGGCCACAAUUAUCCACUACCCCACUGGUUGUGAACCAUGCAGAGAUGCAGCGGCCAGCCUCUUGUGUAGUUCAGUGUGUUAAUACUUAACAACAGUUUAUAUUGAUUUGACCUGUUAAAAUGUAUUUAUGGU